CAAAAUUGGAAGUCAAAGAACUCAAUUAUAUAAAAAUAAAGUUGAGAAACUUAAUUCUGAAUACACGAGAAUUUGAGGUGCUCGAGUAUGAAUUUUGAUUUUCAUAAAACACCAACAAACUUGUGAUCUCUCAUUGGCGAGAGGCAAAAAUGGAAGCAGAAGUAGCUGAGCUGGAGCGAGUCCAAACCUCAAUCCUCCAUCGAAUAUCAAUGCUAGAGCGCUCGCUCCUCCAUAAAAACGACAGCGUUUUUACUUCUCUUACUCCCUCAUCUCGCAACGUAAACUGUGGCGGAAACGAUACUGAAGCUCGCCUCUCCGCGAUUCUUAAAUCCAACGGCGUAAAUGACUUCGUAUUCAAAAGAGUUCCCUCAAAUUAUUACGACUGGUCUCUGGACGCACGGCGAGACGUUUUAUGUGCUGCCUCUGUUGAUCACCUGUGUAAAAGCAUCGUUUUGGUAAAUACACAGGCCCCAUCCAAUGUAAUUGAUUGCAGCAAUCGCAAUAAUUCAAAGUAUUACGUUGUUGUUGUUCAGUAUAAUGCUCGGUUCAAUGCCGAAACUGUUAAAAACUAUCUUUAUGCACUCAAUGAUGGCAAGAUAGCUAAAAAGAAAUUCAACAUGAGGCUUGCUCCUGAGGAGACAUCUGUACAGCUGACUGGAUAUGAGCACAAUGCGGUGACAUGUAUUGGAAUGAAAACUGACAUUCCGGUUAUUUUGGAUGAAGCAAUUGCAAGGCUUAGUCCUGAUUUCUUCUGGUUGGGUGGAGGGGAGGUUGAUCUGAAGCUUGGUAUAAGAACCUCAGAAUUUAUUAAUUUUGUUAGACCUUUCAUUUUCAGCUGUAGUAACACAUGAUUAACCCAAAUGAAGACCAUUUUCGACAAACCAGAGAUAAGGGCUGCGGGACCCAGAGGAUAUGGUGAUUUUGCAUUUUUAUCAAGUUAUGCUAUGGAGAAUUCAGGCGGUCAAGUUGGUAUUUGCUGUGGCAUUAAAUUGGAAGAUCUGUAUUGCAUUUGGAUGUUUAUAUACUUCUUGUAGCUGAUAAUUUAGCAGGAAAAGGUAACUGCAACGUAUUGAAUAAAUAGCUACACAUUUUAAGUUAUUUUAUCGGUGAACUCUUUGAUGUGUAACAAGGAUCUAUCAUAUUGUCUGGGAUGGAAUUUAAUGCCCUUUGGAACAUUCAUGUUUCUUUAAGUCGGUAAGCCAGCACUCUUUUCUUCAA